UGGAUUUACAUGUGCAUAUGCAUGACUGUGUUGCAUUUACUAACAUGAAUUCUUUUUCAAUUUCAGGAUGGAUACUCCUGUUUGAGGCUGUGUCAUUUAUAUGUGCAUGGUUAGGAGUGAUUUAUCUAUUGCGUUGUCACCAAGGCCAUAGACAAAGUUGCUACUCUCAAUGGAGAAAAACUGGAUAUAUAUGCUGCAUUGUCUUUGCUGCAUUUCUAAUCAUUGCAUAUGGCAUUUAUAUGUCCUUUCGUUAUAAAAACAUGUUCAAGGAAGAAAAAGAUGCUGCUGGAUAUAUGACUCUGUUGGUAUUUGCCCAUAUUUUGGCAUCAACAUGCUUGUUCAAACAUCCAAAAUACUUACCCUAUUUCCUUCACAUUAUGAUCUACAUGUUUGGAGCUGUAGGUCUCAGUAUUGUAAAUGCAAUCGCUCUUGCUACAGAACUGAUCCUGACAGCAGAGAAAGGAGCACGGACUAUAGGAGAUCUACGUGUGAUUGUUUUUUCACUGGAGACAACGUUUGUUUCUGCUUGGCUCACGUUGCAGCUCUACGAUGCCUGGAUGAGAUUUAAAGAAAGAACAAAACGUAAUUUUGAAGAUGAGAGAACAGGACUUGAGAUUCCGGAGAUGGAGGUUCUCUCAGACCUUAACCCUAACCUUGACCCUAACUGAUCUGAGCUGAUCAGUAAAAUAUAGGCACCCAAAUAUAAGCUCGCAGAAGUAUUCUUACUCAUGCUUUGUGAGAAGAUUAUGUUAUUGUAUCUUAGAAGAGCUACAUUCCAGUUUAUACAACUGAACAACUGUAGUAAAGAGACGUAAUCCUUCUAUUUCAACUCUGUCUUAAAGACAUUUUGAUAUGUUUUCUUUAACAACCUACAUGUAAGUGGAAAUUUGAUCAGAGCUGUUUAACUCUUACUUUUACUAACUUUUUUAUACAAUAAAAGCUGUGUUAUGUUGUGCAAUCUUAAUAGUCACCUUAACAAAUAAAGAUGCUUCAUUUGAGCCUUGUAGGGUAGCUGGUUACGUCGUCCACUUUCCUUUUCAAUUUGACAUUGUCUUAAAGUAGAUUUAUGGACUUCAGACCCAGAUUGCAUGUUUGC